AUGCUUCCAUUAUCUUUGAGAGAGACAUCUGAAGAGGCUGCCAAAAGGCAGGCUAAUUUUAUAUGUCUACGAUUUCUGGAGGACAAAGUCCCCAAAACUCUGUUUGAAGAGGUUGUUAAGACUGUAAUUGAUAUUUUGUCAUUAUUUUUGUAGGUAUCUGAUAAACUCGAGUUACCUCAACGCAUCGACUGGAAAGGAGACUCUAGACCCCUAAACUUUGAGGAGGUUAAGCUUAAUUUUAGUCAAAUUGAUUAAAACUUCAUCACAAAAAUACUGUAAAAUUAAACAGAAGGUGUUGCCAAACAAGUUUCGAAAAAAGAUGCAUCUUUGAAUGUCAGAAUCCAAUAUCAACCAAAGUUUCCCGCUAUCAGAGAGUCAAAACAGUAUUUGGUCAUGCCUAAAUUGAGGAGGGCUUCUAAGCUCCAAUUUAUAGUGUACUUUUUGACUAGACUGGUAACUUCAUCAUAAGUGGAGCUGAUGAUGGGUAAAUACUCAUUUAUAACAUUCUAUAGGAUCAUCAAGAUCUGGGACAAGGAAACCAUGAAUCUUUAGGGGUCCCUCCACAGCCAUAAUGAAGUUAUCACAGAUAUGGAUAUAAGCAAAUGCAAUCGAUAUCUUGCUACUUCUAGUAAAGAUGGAAAGCUGAUUAUCUGGGAUUGGAAAAAUUGCUUGAAGGUAGAUGAGAUAGCUGCUCAUGACUCUACGAUAAAUAAUAUAAAAUUCUUCCAAGUUAAAAUAAAGAAUUAAAAUUAACAAACAAAGGAAUCAGAAAAAAUUCAAAUCCUGGCAACUUGCUCUGAGGACGGAACCAUCAAAAUAUAUGAUGAGCUAGGCUUCCUAAAUAACUUGAAUUAAGGAGUUAUAGAACAAGCUCAAAAGCGAACUAGAAGAAAUGAUUCUGCUGCCAACAAAAAAGAGCGGUACUUUUAAUGUCUCACUCCGGAUGAUUUCAGACCAGUAUAAGGUAAUAGAAACAAAAAGAUAGAUUCCAUAAAUAUAAAUCAAAAUGGGUUGGUUGCUGCAGGAACAAGCAGUGGAGAAAUAUACAUGUGGAAACUAGAUAUUGUAAAAUUUAGAUAGCAGCAUUAAAAAGCAUUUUAAUGGUUAGGAUCCUCUAAAAAGCACAUAAAGACUGUCCAUUUUUGUGAAUUUUCGCCAAAUGGAAGAUUUUUAUUCACAGGAUCUGUUGAUGGAACAGCAAAAAUAUGGAAUAUUGAACAAGAAAAAGGCAAGAAAAUUACUGACUAGCAGUUACUAUUAACUGAUAGCAGACUUUUAGUAACAAUGGAGGAGAAAAGGAUAUUUGGCAGUAAAGAUAAGCAUAUAUUCUUUUAAAAUAGACAUGGAGAUUAAGUCAGUAUGGCAGAGUACCGACAAUAAAAAAGUAACUGGUAAUGCGAUUGUAUUGCUUGGUCAGUUCAUGGAAGAUAUGCUAUUUGUGCACUCAGUGGAAAAAUAGACCUAGACAACUAGAGUCACGACUAAUCUUUCAUUAAAAUAUGGGAUUCUUAUACUAACACUAUUAUUGAAGAUAUUGGAGAAAAAAAUGGAUUAAAACUAAUGAAUUUUUCAUUUGUUCUAGCACCUCAUCCUACAAUUGAAGAAGUCUUUUUAUCUGGAAGUGAUGGUGGCUUGAUAUGUCUUUGGGAUAUCAAAUAGAGGAGAUUAAUUAAGAGUUUUAAAGAAUAUGGUGUUUAUACAUAUGAGAAAUAUACAAUGAAUGAUCCUUUUGAUGGCAAGUUUUCGCCUGAUGGAUCCUGCUUUGUUAUUGGAUCUGAAAUGGGUACUAUUAGUUUAUUUUCUUGUGAAGGAGCCCCUUACAAGUACUAUGCUACAAGAGUAGAGCAAUUCUAUCAUUAUGAUGACUAAAGACAUAUUGCCAACAUUUAUUAUGACCAAAAUGAAGAACCUUAAAUUUGCUCUUAUAACCUAAUUCCAUAUGAAGCUUAGCCUCCUUCAUCUAUGAUAGGAAAAUUUAAAAACUUUAGACAUCUCAAUCAUGAAGAAUAUGAUAGAAAUUUCAUUUUAAGAUAAGGCAUUUGUAUUGAAGAAGAGCAAUUUAUCUAAUCUUAAAUUGAGGAGGGACUUAGAAACAAUUUUUUCAACAAUAAUGAGGAUUUACUCUAAAUGAUAAAUGGAUAAUAUGAAGAUGAUUAAAUACUAAGAGGCAGACUUAAUUCAUAGUUAAGCAAUAUUAGUGCUGCUGAUAAUGUUUAACAAGCUAGUUAAGAUGACAUCGAAAUUUUAAGAAAUGUAAAUAGAUAAGCUCAAUAAAAUAGAGGAAGAGGAAGAAGGAGAAACUAAGUUGAAGGCAGAAGUUAAAGACCAAUAAAUAAUUAACAAAGAUAUGAGAUUUAAAACCAAUUAAAUGCCAGAAUAAAUACCAAUAUAGAUCCAGAUAAUAGUUUCUAUGACAGAGAUAGCGAUGAAAACUUUGAAAUAGAAGAAGAUGUUUAAUCUGAAGAAGAAGAAGAAUAUGGGAAUGAAGAUAGUGAGGAUUACCAUACAAGGAACGAGAGAGAUAAUAAUCAUUAAAGAAUUUUGACUAGAAGAGAACUUCAAGCUGCAGCAAAUAAUAGAUCUGGUGGUAGAAAUUUAUAAAGAAUGAAUGGACACUAAAACUAAUAAUAAUCAAGAAGCCAAAGAUUAUAAAGAAGAAAUCAAAGAAUGAAUCAGCUUGAAGAAGAUAAAGAUGAUGUAAAUUAAAAUUAAGGAAGAUCCAAAAGGAGAAGAAGAGCUGUUGUGAAAAGUGAUGAUUCAUCCUAAUGUGAUAUUUCGGAAGAUGAAGAUUAUGAUAUGUCUGACGAUAAUGAUGCAAUUAAGCCUAGAAGAAAGCUUAAAAAAAUAAUCAGAGAAGAAUCACAAUAAAAUGAAUCUAUGAGUGAUAUCACAAAUUAUGAAGAAUCAGAUGAUGAAAUUAAUGUUGGAGUGAGGACUAGAAAUGCUAGAAAAGGAUCAAAGAACCCAAAACAAAGUGAAUAAGAAAAAAGAGAAAUAAAAAGAAAUCUUAGAAGCAGAGAAAAUAGAAAGAAAUGCGAUGGAAUGGAUUCAAGUGAAGAUGAUUUUAUGGAUUAUGAAGAGGAAAAACUUCUGAAAAACAAUAGCGAUGGAUAAAAGCCAGGUUCUUAAGGGAAAAAAUCUAAAAGGGUCAUAAAAGAGGAUAGUGACUCAGAUAAUAUUGAUUAAGAAGUGAUAAUACCAACUGAUCUAGGUAAAAAGUAAAAAGGCGACGAAGACUAUGAGUAUUAGCCAAAUCACCCAAUUAAUCAAAUAUAACUAUAAGAGUAAAUGAUUUAGCAAAGAAAGUGUGAAUUAUGCAAACGAACUGAUCCUCCGAUAAUUGGUCCAUUCCUAAAAGUUAAUAAAUAUAAGUAAAAUGAGCAUCCUAUUUUUUUCCAUAAGGACUGUAUUGAAGUUAGCAGCGUUUCUUUCUUCAACAGACAAAAAUAAAAAUGGAUGAAUAUUGGAAAAGCAUUGGAUAUUUUUAACAAAAGGCCUUCAAUGUGUAGAAGAUGCCAAACUAUAGGAGCAACGAUAAAAUGUUAAAGUUGCGACAAAACCUAUCAUGGAUUCUUAUGUUCCUAACUAUAUAUGAUUUUUACUGGAGCUGAAAACUAUCAAUGCUUUGAGUGCAGAAACAGAGAGAAUUAUUCCUAAUUUAAUGGCAAAGAAUUGAUAGAGAAAAGUGAAUUCAAGAUACUUAAAAGAUAAAUGAAAAGAGAUUAUUUAUUGCUUAGUAAAUAGCCAAUAGAAUUUUAUCUCCCUCAAGUAAAUGACCAGGUUUAUUAUUUUUUCCAAGGUCAUGAAAAGUUUAUAAGCUAGUAUAACUGCUUUUUUUAUUCUGGAAAUGAAAAAACUUUAACCGUCUAGUACCCAUGGAAGUAAUACCUGGAACUAGAAAAGCCUACAUUAUGUAAAAUUCUACGAAUCUCUUAUUUCUUUCCAUCAAAAAAUGUUUUAUACCUUCUAAAAAGAUACGGUAAAAGUUCAAAUAUAAUAUAGGAGCCAUAAAUUGUAAUGAGACUAGAGUUGUAAAUUGUUGGACAGCCUGAUAGUACAUUUGAUAUAGAUUAUUUUCCAAAUUAAUUGUCAGAGUUUUUAGUAUUAAAACGACUCUAUGAAAAUUCACUCUUCUUGUAUCAUGGAUUAAUGAACUAAUAAAAAUUCAUUGGCGAGACAUUUAAGACCCGACUAAAAAACUUUAAUAAAGUAAAGAUUGUAGGAAUCUAAGAGAAAGAAUAACUUUUAGAUCCUACUGGUUGGGAGUCUAUUUAGUAUAAGCACGUUGAUAAUUAUAGUCUCAGAGAAAGAGGUAGAAGAGGCUAGAGAAGACAAAGUUUUGAUGAAGAGCCUGCUGAAAAUAUGAACUUUUGGGAGCUAAUAUUAUCAUUAGAAUUUGAAGAAAAUUUGGAUUAUCAAGGUUUAGUUAGUUCUUUUAAUGAUGAGGAAAUUUAAAGUAUUAUAAGUAUAAUAUCCGAGUAUGUAGAAAGGAAAAAAGAAUAAACACUUCCAUUCAUGGAGAGAGUACCAGAAAAAAUCGCUCCAGAUUAUAGAUAGCAUGUUUCUGCUGAAAUGUAUAUUAGCUUAGUUCUUGAAAGACUUUUAAAUAAGUAUUAUAGAACUUAAGAAUAGUUGUUUAAUGAUCUAGAGCUAAUCAGCUUUAAUGCUAGGAUUUAUAAUGGAGAAGAUAAUCCAUUAUUCAAAGAUGCAAAGAAAAUGGUUGAAGGAAUUAAAUCAGAGAUAAGAAAAAGCAUUAUUUUGCAUUCUGAAGAUACGAAACAGCAAAAAAUAGAGGAAUAAAAAGGACUUCUAUUUGGCUAAAAACCCAUUGGCAAGCUCACUGCUCCUGUUAUGAGAAAUAAUGGGGGUAGUAAUCAACUGACAACCAUGGAUUAAUUUAAAAUGUAGAUGAAGUAGUAAGAGAAAGAUGAAGAAUUAAAGAAUGAUAAUAGUAACAACAACAGCUACAAUAAUCAUGUCCUAAUUUAAUAGUUGCCUUAAUCAAGAUCUUCAAGAAGAAACAGAGAGAAUAAUGCAGAUAAUAUGCAAAUGAUAUAAAGCUCAAUAAACCAAAUUCCAGCUAUUUAAAAUAACCUGAUAGAAAUAAAAUAGCAAGAGAUGUCAGAUCAUUCAGAUAUGAAGGUUACACCAAAUGCAAAGAUAACUAUUAAUGCAGGUGCUUAAAAUCAUGAUUCUUCAGGAAGCAAUAGAAGACUUAAUAGAAAUUAGAUUGGAGAUUAGAGAGAUUUUGAAUUAGAUUAUGAAAACAAAUAAAAUAAUUAAUUUGCCACAGGUGAAAAAAUUAUACUUAAAACGAAUUAUGCAAACGAUGGAAGUGAUAAUUUGGGUUCACUUGGCAAGAGGACAAGAAGCGGUAGAUAAACAAGAUAAGUCAAGAAUAGUUUGAAUGAGGAUGAAGGAGACAAGGAAUUUGAGAAGUUAAUAAGUGGAGAGCAAAUUAAUUCGAAGAGAAUAAGAUAAAAUUGA